UUUGUGAACAAAAUAACAAGACAUCUUUUCCUGGCAAGAUGUGGUUCGAAAUCCUACCUGCCGAAGCUAUCAUCACCAUGCUCCUUUCCGUGCCCAUAUACGCCAAGUGCGGCGUGCAGAAGCUGACGCUGGGCAAUGUGAAUUCGAUCGCUGCCUUCUGUCCGAGCAAUUCAAAAUUCUUAUAUAAUCGCAAUUUAUUGUGCACAACACGGAAUUUAUUUAACAUAUUCUAAGUUCCGCUGCUGUGGAGCUUGUUGCCAAUAGUUUAAUGGUCACUUGAACACUUUUACAAUGAUUUAUAAUAGUUUUUCCCGCACGCCUUCCGUGGCAACAUGGACUGAGCGUUUUCAGCCGUGUGAUGUACCAACGCGAUUUCCGACUGACGAUUAUCCGUAUGUAAUUGAUACUUGUUGAUAGGUGUUUUCGUAUUCUUGGGCUUCCUCAUGAUUGUCGGUUAGCGAUUUAUUUCGUUUUACUUUUGUGCUUGUUAAGCAUGGAAAAAUUAUUCUUCUUUUCUUUCCUGUUCCGCACGUUCAUUUAUAGUAUCCAGAAUCGAUCCUCAAUGCUGAGACACAUUUGACAUUCUUGCUGGGUCUAUAUGCCAUUUCCAGUUGAGAAGAAGGAUCAAAAGUGCAAAAAUUAAUAAACCUAGAGGGCGGAAGGGAAAGUUGUAGAGAUUUUCUGUAGCUUCCUUCACUCCAUGGAAAUUCUAUUGCCAUAUAUAGAAACGCUGCCAGUUGAUGGUGUGAUUGGGCUUAAUUCCAGCUUGGUCCUCGUCCUCCAGUGCCACAUCGCUUACAAAUAAUUUGAAUUCUUAACUGUAACAUUUGUAAGCAAACACAAAACAGUACGGAGAGCAUGCACAUCUGGUCACACUUUUCGCUGAGUGAAAAAUAUGACAAAUCAUUUCGUGUUUUUUACUUGAACUGCUUUCAAAUUCUUCAAGUUUCAUCAGUAUCCGAUUGAUAUUUUAAUUAUGUAGUGCCAAGUGCCAAGAUGUGCCAGUUCAUAAAUCAUUCAUGUCGCAAACAAACUUUGUGGAUUAGAAACAUUUUUAAAAAAUUUCCCCGCAGUUGACCUUAAAAAAAUACCAGAUGAGACGGGAAAAAAGCGAAAUCGUCAGCGUUCACAAGUAGUUUUAACAGCUGUUGUUGUGCAGCGGUGAAAACAGCUGUUUACUGCUGAACCCAAGUUCAGCCAAGUUUUAUUUACAAAUUCGGACGAAAUGGGCGAGCGCAAGGGACAAAAUAAGUAUUACCCGCCCGACUAUGAUCCAAAGAAGGGCGGACUCAAUAAAUUUCAGGGCACGCAUGCCCUGCGGGAACGUGCCCGGAAGAUCCACCUGGGCAUCAUCAUCAUCCGCUUUGAGAUGCCCUACAAUAUCUGGUGCGACGGCUGCAAGAACCACAUCGGGAUGGGUGUGCGCUACAAUGCGGAGAAGACGAAGGUGGGAAUGUACUACACAACACCGAUCUACAAGUUCCGCAUGAAAUGCCACUUGUGCGACAAUCACUUCGAGAUCCAAACGGAUCCAGGCAAUCUCGACUAUACCAUACUCUCUGGGGCGCGACGGCAGGAGAACCGCUGGGAUCCGCUGCAGAAUGAGCAGGUUGUGCCGGAGACGAAGGAGGUGCAGAAGCGGCUCUUCGACGACGCCAUGUACAAGCUGGAGCACCAGGCCAAGGAUGCUAAAGCUGCCGCCGAUGCCAAACCUGUGCUCCAGAAACUGUUCGAACGCAACCAGAGCGUGUGGGACGACACCUACGAAGCCAACAGCCGCCUUCGGUCCGAAUUCCGGCAUCAAAAGAAGGAGCUAAAGGGCCAGCAGGAACUGGAUCGCCAGCUGCUGGCUAAGAGCAGUCUCGACGUUGCUCUUCUGCCGGAAACAGAUCAGGACAGGCAGAUGGCGGCCUUGAUGAAGCUUCAAACCAAAUCGGCCAUUGAGCGGGAAUCAGAGCAGCGUCUCGAUCUACUCAUGCAACCGGCAUUGCCAGGAGCCACAGCGACAACCUUCGGCGGCCUCAAGCGGCAAAAGAUUCUCAACACACAGCUGCAGGUCCAGGAUUUGGGCAUCCGGCGCAAACAAUCUCACCAGUCCGAUGAAGCUCCAUCACCGCCUGCAACGUCCUUGAGUCUGGUGGGUGACUACUCCUCCUCGGAUAAUGACUCCAACAGUUAAUGCACAAUAUGUAGAUUUAAUAAUACAAAAUAAAAUAAGAACAACAAUGACAUUAUAAACACCUCAAUACUCUA